AUGUGGAAACUGAACGGACUCUACAUAUUUCUUGCUUGUGCAACCUCUUGCCAUUCAGCAUUUUUCAAGCCUCAGAAUGACUUCCAAGAAUUAUCUGGACUGAACGUCACUUUCCCAAUUGAUUUACCAUUCAACAACCGGGCCUUUGGUCUCAGUCCAGGCGAUGCCGAUUUCGAUGGUGCUUCAAACUCAUAUCCUGCAACACAAAUACCCCCAGAGCGUUUUUCGUACGGCGGCUUCAACUACCAAUUCGCGAAUUAUAAUGCCACCGGAGGCUAUGACAAUGUUCUCACUCAGGGACAGGAAAUAAAGGUACCGCAAUCAAAAUAUUUCAGCUAUCAGAUGCUUGCCGCAUCGGAAUCUGGCAUGGCUUCUGGCAAAGUGCUUGCCAAGUAUGCAGAUGGUAGCACAACAAGCGGAUCACUGCUAGUCCCGGCUUGGUGGAGCUGGCCAUAUCCUGAAGGUGGUGAUUUGAUCUUCACUUGCUAUCUUACCGAAAAUGGUACCAACUGGAAUCGCAGCAAUAUCUUCCAGACAACUAACUGGUUGGACUCGUCCAAAGAGCUUGUCUCAUUGACCUUUCCCAAUGCCUCAACUGGAUCAUCCACAAGCCCUGGUGGAGCGGCUAUUAGCACCAAGCUGCACAUAUUUGCUUUAUCUAUGCUGCCAUUAUCCAGCGAUACUGCUGGAAUGGUUCAGUUGGAAACUCAAUACGCGCGCUCAACCAAGAAAUGGAUCGAAGGUACUGACAAAGUUCAAAUUGUGGAGGUACUUGUAAACAACGUCGGGUCUUCCGCGGCGUUGAGAAAUAAUAAUGUCCGAGUGAGAGUUGAAUCGCCCGGUUUAGAGACCGUAAACGAAGGUAUAGUCAAUCGCUUGGGACCUGGAGAUCAAGCAAUUGUUGAAGUGGGCGUUCGAAAUCGCCAUGAGGUGAAUGUAGGAGAUUCUGGCCCUGCUCAUAUUGUGAUACAAGGUCAAAAUGUGAUGUCUACCAGGUAUGCAUUCCAGGCAACAUAUGGGAUUGGCCUUUAUGAGGCUACCUAUGAGUCAGUGUAUACUCAUGAAUCUCCAAACUGGUACAACAAUGCCAAAUAUGGCAUUUUCAUCCACUGGGGCAUUUAUUCUGUGCCGGGAUGGGGUAACUCAGGAACGAAAGAAGAUUAUGCAGAAUGGUACUGGUGGUGGCUGAAUGAAGGUCCAAGUGGUUCUGUAGGCGUUUAUAACUACCACCUGGACAAAUACGGACCAAACGUCGUGUACGAUGAUUUCGUCCAAAAUUUCACCGCCAGUGAAUGGGAUCCUAAGGGAUGGGUUGAUUUAUUUGCUGAUGCAGGUGCAAAUUACAUCAUACAGGAAUUAUUUGAUGCAGCCAAAAAAUACCAGCCUCAUCUACAUCGUGCAACCCUCCCCGAGUGGUUUAAUCCAGACUACAAGGAGUAUGGGUUCGGUGAUUGGCCCGGAGCUGAGUGGGCAUCAGAAUGGUUUAAUAAGGCAGCAACCGAAAAUCGUCAAGUCGUUAUGAACGCCCGAUGUGGACUUCCAGGAGACUUUGACACGCCAGAAUAUGCAACCUACUCUGCCGUUCAAAGACGAAAGUGGGAGAGUAACCUUGGAAUGGACCCAUACAGCUACGGAUACAAUCGUGCUACUCCACUUGCAAGUUACAUGAACGCCAGUACUAUCGUGACCAGCCUGGUUGAUAUCGUGAGCAAGAAUGGCAAUUUCUUACUUGAUGUCGGGCCAACGGCCAAUGGAACCAUAUUGGAUAUUGAGCAACUGCACCUUCGACAAGCUGGUAAAUGGAUCAAGACCCAUGAAGAGGCAAUCUUCAAUACGACAUAUUGGUUUGUUACACCCGAAGAGGGCGACGUAAGAUUCACUAUCUCUCAAGAGGCAUUUUAUAUCCAUACGAUUACAAAGCCCAACAACACUCUUUCGUUAUCCAGUCCAGUUCCGUGGGUAGAGGGGGAUCAAGUCACGGUGGUUGGUGGCAACAUGCAUGGUACAGUGGUCCCGAGUCAUAAAUCAAGCGAUGGGUCUCUUGUGAUUUCUGUGAGCAAGGAAGUAGCGGCAGCUGAUCAAUAUGCUUGGGUAUUUAAGAUUCCAUAUUGA